AUGGCUUUCGCUGGUCGUAUCAGAUCGGGAAUCUCCGUCUUCAAGAACAUCUCCUUCUCAGAUUCCGUCUCCUCUGCUAGAUCCUUUCCUCGUGGAGCCUCGAUUCUCCCUGCGUUGAGAGAUUAUGCAACUGCUUCGGCUCCAAAAAACGUGAAUGUUAAGGUGCCUAUAGCUUUAGUUGGUGAAUCUGGCAACUUUGCUUCGUGGUUGUACAUUGCAGCUGUGAAACUUAAUGCCUUGGAAAAGAUUGAGUUGGAUCUUUCUGAGAUGAUUGAGGCAAUGAAGACAAGCCCUACUUUUGCACAGUUCACUAAAGAUCCUUCUGUUCCUAGAGAGACGAGGUUGGCUGCUAUUAUGGAUCUUUGUGGUCAAGCAAAGUUUGCUGAACCAACCAAGAACUUCCUCUCUUUGUUAGCUGAGAAUGGAAAGCUGAAGAACCUAGAUGUGAUUGUGAAGAAAUUCUUGCAGCUGACAACAGCGCAUAGAGGAGACAUCAAAGUUUUGGUUACUACAGUCAUGCCGCUUCCCGCUGCUGAGGAGAAGGAACUGAAGGAGACUCUCCAGGAGAUCAUCGGAGAAGGGAAAAAAGUAACUGUGGAACAAAAGAUUGAUCCGAGUAUCUACGGUGGACUUAUCGUAGAGUUUCAACAAAAGGUGUUGGACAUGUCUAUCAGGACUAGGGCUCAACAGAUGGAGAGGCUACUCCGUGAACCUGUUGACAUCAACAACCUCUGA